CUGCUGUCUAGACUGGUACUCGCCGGGCUGGGGCGGGCUGUGGGAGCUGGUGUCAUCUUCAUCGCCCUCCUCACCGUCCUUAUCAUUCUGACCGUCCUCAUCAUUCUCAUCAUUCUCAUCAUUCUCAUCAUUCUCAUCAUUCUCAUCAUUCUCAUCAUUCUCAUCAUUCUCAUCAUUCUCAUCAUUCUCAUCAUUCUCGUUGUUCUCGUUGUUCUCAUCAGUUUCACCUUUCUCAUUAUCCUCACCGUCAUCGAAAGCUACCUCAUGAACUGUCUCGCGUUGCAAACCUUCACCUAA